AUGGAAAAAGAAACUGCGGAUAAUCUACAAAAUUCACCUGAUCGUGAAGCUCUGAAAACUGAAGAAAUCAUAAAAAACAAUGUCGAUUUCUCAUUAGUAAAAAUUAAAGUUGAAAAAAUAUCGAAAGAAAGGGAUUCAGGUGUGGAUGAAUGGUCACCGGUUCGGGUUGAACCCGAUUCAUUGAUCAUUAGUGUUGAAUCUAAUUCUGAGUCAAUGCGCUAUACUGUUUCUUCUAAUAGUAGUGAGCUUUCAUAUUUAGAUUGUGUCGAAGGGCCUCCUUUAACUAUUGUGCCUAUUUCUUUUAUUGAGACUGAGUAUUUCAAAGAGACAGAUGAAGAAACUAUGCCUAUUGAGCAUAGGCCUUUUAAAAUGGGAGUUGGCAUGUGUAACUUAGGCAACACAUGCUUCUUGAAUGCGGUUGUACAAUGUUUUAUGCACAUCGUGGUGUUGCUUCAGCUACUUGCAUCGAUUGAUCAUGUAUCACCAUGUGAUAUUUUUUCGCCUACUUUCCGUCCGAAUCAACAAGAAGAUGCACAUGAAUUCUUACAGUGCUUUCUCAAUAAGCUUGAAAGUUGUUGUUACAAUUUAGAGCCACAAGACAACAUUGUGAAGGAGGCCUUUGGUGGUCGCCUUGUGAGCAUGCUUCGUUGUUGCAAUUGUUGUCAUUUAUCUGUCACACACGAGCCUCUAAUAGACCUAAGCUUGGAGAUUGUGGACGUUGACAGUGUACCAGAAGCAUUGGAGUCUUUCACUAAAAUCGAGAAAAUUGAGUUUUCUUGUGAAAUGUGCAAGACACAAGGGCCAUUUGAGAAGCAGUUCCUCAUCGAUCGUGCCCAUUCUGUUGCUACCCUUUGUUUGAAGAGAUUCAAAAAUGACAGGUUUGUUGUUCAAGAAGUGGACAAGCAUGUUUCAUUUCCGCUGGAAUUGGACAUGCUUCAUUACACCAACAAAAUCAAUAAUGAAGAAAUGAAAUACGAUCUGUACGCAGUUAUAGUGCAUUCGGGGUUUUCAUUCUCUUCAGGACACUAUUACAGCUUCAUUCGUUGUAAUCCAAAUAAAUGGUACAAAUUUAAUGACGAGCAGGUUCAUUGGGUUCACCAAGAUCUUGUUUUGGUAGAGUAG